AUGGUCGGAUCGUGGAGCUCGGAAACGCAGGUGAACAGCCCACCUUCCAGGGUAGAUUGUCGCUUCACUCCGCCCAGGCAGGCAGUCCGAACAGACCGACCAGUCCGAUCCGUCCAAACAGUCAGACCAGCCCCCGCUGCAUCCUCUUGCUGUUCGUUUGUCGCUAUGGCAACCACCGCUUCGGGUCGUGGCCUGGCGGCUAGGUUAGUCUGGUGUUCGCUGUUUUGA